AUCGUCGCGAGCUCGCACAAAGCGAAAGUGAAAUCAUGCACGCUUAAUCAAGUCGCGCGCAGUGCGUGGUCAGCAGUACUCGGAUAUGAAGACUUAAAAACCAACUAAGAUAAGCUAACUUAACUAGGAUCACUAGGAUAACAUGUGAGUGACGUGUCAAGAUGCCAUCCCUUCAACUGAAAGAGAUAUUUUGUCUCAUUUAUUCCGCCGUCCUGUUUUUUACUGGAGCACUCCUGAUUGGAAGCGCGGUCGUGCUCACAUACAAAGUUCUUUUCUACCAUUUCACAUUUAUUCCAAACAACACAAUUGGUCCAUUCAUUGUGUUGCUCACUGUUGGCAUUCUGCAUCUACUCAUCACAUGGAUUGGGGUCAAAGGGCCAAGCAAGGAGCAUGACUUUUUUAUUAUUAUGUUUGUGAUAAUAACUAUAAUAUUAUUAGUGGUAGAAUUAUCAGUGGGAAUAUGGAGUCUUGUUCUACGUUCCAAGGUGGAAGAGCGUAGCGUGGGCUUGAUGAGAAAAUCGCAAGAGAAGUACAUUCAGGAGUAUUCGAUCAGUAAAGAGAAGUCGGAGUGGGUUCGGCUGCAAAGCAAGUUCGAAUGCUGUGGUAUCAAUGGUGUGCAGGAUUAUGUCAAAUUACCACCUUCAUGCUUCAAAUGCCAAUCUGUUGAUGUGUUGAACAAGACCCGAACGUGUACUGAGACGUAUCAAGUGGGAUGUAAGGAGCCAUUAGUUAAUUAUGUACGGAAAUUAUUACUGGAAGUUGCUUUAAUAGGAUUUCUCUCAGGGAUAUUACAGAUCAUCGGCGUUGUGGUUUUCGUGGACUUCUACCGUAGCCUGCGGGAGGAACGAGUUCGCCGCGCGGCCAACAGGAGCUCACAUCUCCGGCAAUCGGCGGCCCGCAGGGACAGGAGCGGUCCCGAAUCAGGAUCAAAUAUUGACAGACAUGAUACACCUCUACGGCUACCACACGCGCCUACCGCCCCGUCGACGUAAGGCUCUCCAGCGCCAGUUUUACGCUUCUAGACUGUCUGACAACAGACGACAUGACAAUAUAGCGGAUAUAUUCAGUUAGACGUAGACAUAGGCCUUUUUUUACUAUUAUUAUUCUUAUUUCUGUUGGCACGGGUAUAACGUGCCCGUCGUUACUUUAUUGACCUAGUUUCUAAGACUUUUAAGACUAGUAAGACUAGAACGUAUGUACUAAAUGUUUAAUUUUGUUUUUUUCUUAUUAUUCUUUGUGUUUAUUUAUGAUUUAAUUUAAACAAAUUGUUUAUACGUAAGCGGAAGUGGUGAUGUGUGAUAUUGUCAGUUUGUUGAAUCAUUUAUAAAGAAAAACUAUGAUGAUACUGAUGUGGAUAUAAAGGAUUGAUGUAAUUGUUGCAUAAUCGAAUAUUGAUCUUGUUUAAAUUUACUCAAGCUAUAAGGAAAUGCAAACACAGGUAGAUGGAUGUAUUUAUUUAGGGCUUUAAAGCAUAAAAUAACACGAGAGGAAAAGGAA